CGGAGAGUGUAGAAUUACAAGGGCGGUUCGGAAAGUUAUUCUGUCAGCCAUCCAUUGUACUUUCGAUCGUUAAAAUCCAGUCACGUUACCGCAAGUUUAAUUACACCUUCGAUGAUACUGAUAAACUAUGUAACAGGGUGUCUUAUCACCUCGCAGUUAAAGUAGGUCAGACGGGGGUGACAGCUAGCGGUCGCCAUAUGUUUCGCUUCGUUCACGAGAGACGCUGGAGCCGGAUGUUUGUAGCCGGUCGUAUUGGUUGUGUAUGUUAGUGUUGUGACAUUGCUUUGUGGACCUGGAUGUUAUUGGACAUAUGUUUACUUCAUGGUGUAAUCUGUAGUGUUGUCUAGUGUAUACGUCGGGACAUAAGUACAAUACAGUGACAGUGAGCUUCCACGACAGUGAUGGCGUCAAUAAUAAGCAACCAAACUCUCCCUGCCUGUGCGGACAUCAUUGAUGUAUCGGCGUUCAACCAUUACAUCACCCUCCUUGCGGCUGGUAUGAUCCUCAUUCUAGCGCUUCUGGAGAAGCGAAGAUUCCACCCAGAAGUGUGUGGAGGAAGGCCGGCAUUGAUUGUCCCUCUUCCUCUACUAGAUGGCUAUGACAACCGUUUCUCAUACGCUGCAGCCUUCGGAGCCGUCAUCAACAUCAUCUCAACAUUGUUCACAAAGUUGGAUACAACGUUAACUGACUCCUUCAACGUUCCUUUGUGGGCUGCGGCACUGGUGCUGCAGUUUCGAGUUCUGGAGGCCUGCAUCACAUGUUUUCCACUGUUCGCCUGUAUUUCGACACGACACAAGCUGGCUGGGGCAGUUCUCGGUGUCACAUAUAGUUCGAUACUCCUAGGCAGUACGUCCGCUGAGGCCGUACAGGCCUACUGCCAAAUUGUGCCAGCAGUAACGGUAUCUCAAGCGAUAUCGGUUCUCAUCUACCUCCCGGUUGUGCUGUGCUUCUUGUAUCUUAUCUUCAAGUUCCUUCAUGCCAUCACGGAGUGCAUCAGGUCAAACACAUACAUAACAACUGAGCCCCUGAAACGGGUGUACACCCACCAGCAGCAGUAUGUGCGUCUAGUUCUACACAGAGACUAUGACCCAAGCACAGAGACGACAACCUGUGAUAAACUGAUCUACAGAUCCGUGGCUGGAUUCAAAUACCCUGUACGAAUUAUAUCUGUGGCCUUCAUACUGCUAGUUCUUCUAUACAGACUUGGAUUGGCCCUGCUUCUUGUUGGUUCUCUAAUUACCGACUUGUCAGAGUUUUAUUUCGUCGGUCAGAAUUUUUCAAUUCCCGUCGGUGAAACCAGGUUUUAUUUGAUGACGCCAGUUGUAUUGGAUCUACUUGUAGGCGUGUUCUACAUCACAACGAUCGUAUGUGUGAUAGUCACUACAUUCUACAUCUACCUGUUUAUGAAGAGUUACAGACGUCAUUUGCUGCGCAUGUUUCGGGGAAACAAGAGUUUCAUUCUCGAUCAACUGCCGAAACCACAUAUAAUGAUGGCCAGCAGCAUGCGCUUUCCUGGAUAUCAAGUUGCAUACAUGUUGUGGGGGUUUGGCCUGCUGUUUGUUGCACUUUUGGUCGCGGGCUUGAUGCUCACCUACGUGAUAUAUCUGACCAUUAUCAAUCACAUCCUGACAGAUGUUCUUUUAUCGCUGUUACAAACAAUAAGUGUUCCAGCCAUGGCGUUGCUGUUGUUCUAUCUACAAGUUGUCCUUGCCAAACGUGUACUCAUGCAAGAGAAGAUCAAGGUAACAGAUGACACACCUCCUCUAAAUGUGGACAACAGGCGCUUUUAUGAAUGCUUUAAUUACUACGCCUUGUUCGGAAAUCUGGCCAUUGGAAUAUUUUCGUGUUUCUGGAGAAUUCUACAAGGGCUCAUUCUUGGUGUCUUAAUGGUUGGUCGGCUGGAUCACAGCAUAUAUUCAAGGGGCUGGGAACACAGAGACAAAGGCUAUCUGUCGUACAUCUCCAUGCUGCACGUGGAGAACGCACACAACCACCCGGUGUUGAGAGUCUUCUGCGACCUGUUACUGACAGCUCUGGAUAAGGAUGGACAUCAGCACACAUAUCAGACACCGGUGAGAAGAAAUACCAAAGCUUUGAGAAGAUGGCUUGUAGCUUACACGCUUAUCAACAACCCAGGACUUGCUCAAAGAAGAAAAAGUGUAACCAACCAAAAAAGUCAGUUUACCAGAAUCCCUGAGGCUGAACUGGAAUGUGCUGUUGACUGGCCCAUUGAUGGCGGAAUCAGUUCCUCUGUGGAAUUUGCUUCGAGUGGAAGGAAUGUUUUGGUAUAUCAAGCAUCCCCACAAGACCAUUCGGAUCUGUGAUGGAACAAUGCUUGUGACUGAACAGUGCUUGUGAUUGGACAGUGCUUGUGAUUGAGACAGUUUUUUUGGGACAGUGCAUGUGAUGGGAUAGUGUCUGACUGAACAGUGCUUUUAGUGGGACAGUGCUCGUGAGUGGACAUCGCUUGUGAUUGGGACAGUGCUUAUGGGACAGUGCUGGUGAUUUGCUGGUGUCUGACUGAACAGUGCUUUUGGUGGGACAGUGCUGGUGAGUGUACAUUGCUUGUGAUUAGGACAGUGCUUGUGAUGGGAUAUUGUCUGUAAUUGGGACAGUGCAUGUGAUGGGAUAGUGUCUGACUGAACAGUGCUUUUAGUGGGACAGUGCUCGUGAGUGGACAUCGCUUGUGAUUGGGACAGUGCUUAUGGGACAGUGCUGGUGAUUUGCUGGUGUCUGACUGAACAGUGCUUUUGGUGGGACAGUGCUGGUGAGUGGACAGAGCUUGUGAUUAGGACAGUGCUUGUGGUGGGACAGAGCAUGUAAUGGGACAGUAUCUGUAAUUAGGACAGUGCUUGUGAUGGGACCAUACUUAUGUUUGAGCAAUGGUUUUUAUUGGACAGUACUUUUGACUGGACAGUUUUUGUGAUCAUGACAUUCAGACCAUGUAUUAAAAUUACUAUUACUUGGUUUACGGCUCCGGCCUCUGAAUUAAUACAUGUAUGUGUGGUAUAAAAUGUUAUGUUUAGAACAAUUUGUAACAUUGUUUGACCAAUAUUCGAAAGGAAACUUUUUCACUUGCCAUUCACAGUAACAGUUUAAAAAAACAUCUACUCUUAUUACUGUAUUAAUUCACGCUCCAAUUCAUGUUCGAAAGUCAGUAAUAUUGGUCAAUAAUAACAAGGUCACACGGUAGAUGACAAUGGCUGUAAAAAAACUUACUUGUACAUGUAUAUCAGAUACUUACCAAUAAUACAGUUGUCACUUGUACACGCAGUAGACAUGUUAAGAUGGAUAACCAACCAAUGCACUGAUGCAUUUGACUAAAUGUGGUAUUCAGAUUGUGCAUUAAGGAACACAGACCGAGUUCGAAAAGUAGGUUGUUGUCAACCUAAUCAGAGUCCACGUAAAACUGACUAAACCUGUCAGAAACAUGUUCACGUGUUUUAUCAGGUGUAAUAAUUGAUGGAUUAAAUCGCAUUUGAUGUGUAGAACAAUUCAAAUUUAAACAUACAUGUAGGUCAAAUCAGUCAAUACUGACGAGGUCAACUUUCGCUGGAUAACAACUAAAACUGACUUGCGUUACAACAGAUAUUGAUCCAUGUAGAUCAGAUAUAAGUUACCACAUGUAAAUUCAGAUUAUGUUAAGUAGUCGUAACUUGACAAAUUAGUCAAUAUCAUGAAGUGAGUGAGUGAGUAUGGUUUUACCCCGCUUUUAGCAAUAUUCGAGCUAUAUCACGGCGGGCACACCUAAAAUGGGUUUAAUACAUUGAACCCAUAUGGGGAAGCGAGCUCAGAGCUUCGGUGUCAUGAACGAACACUUUGACAACUAGACCACCCCACCACCCCAGAUAUCAUCGAAACCACAGGUCAGUGUUAAUUGCCUAACGCAAUGUGUUCAGAUUUGCAGGAGCCACACUCAUACCCACGUGUGUACAAGUCCAAACACAUGUUUGGCCACUGCCACUUCUCAUCUUCUAGAUCUGUUGUUCAAAUACAGACAUCAAGUCUUUAGCUUCUCUCAAAUUCAACCCAAUAUAUGGUCAUUCAUAUAUGUGUAAUGUAUAUUCAUUAAAAAGUGUGUAUUAUAGACUGAUUUCAUAUCUAUAAAACAGCCACAUUUUAGCAACUGUAAAUCAAGGAUGAAAUAACAAAAGCUCACUUCUUUUAGGGAAUGAUCGAUUAUUUAACUCCUUACUUUUUUGUUCUUCUUUUGUAAUUUGUUACAUUGUGUAGAUGUGGAUAUUCACUCUUUAAAGUGUGAAAACAUGUAUCUCAGCAUGUCGUGUUUUACAUGUCACUUUACACCCCACCCCGUAGAGGCAUAAUUCCUGCAUAUAUUUAACUUAUGCACUUCAACCUGACUAAGAUUGAUUUAAUGUUAUAAGUUCAGGCAUGACGUGGAAAACAAUCAAGAAAAUGCUGUCAAAACAACAAAGGAAAUUUAAUGUUACUUACGUCGCCGAUACAUUUCUUGAGUUUUCAUUUUAUAUGUGUCGCAUUUUGAAAUAUCAAGAUGUAGUGUGCACAUAUCAUAAAUAAUAAUUAGUAUGAUUGUGGUAACAAUAGGUGACUUAUAAAGAGCAAGGCCGGGGCGAGGGUUCGCUUAAAGCGCAUGGCACUGUUAUAUUACCCUGAUCUGUUCCCAGGGGAGUAUAAAAUAUCACAGACCAUCAGCUGUAAUCUCAGUAUUAUAUUGUGUCAGUAUUCAGCUCUAUGUUUUCCGUAUGAUCUGUCCUUUAGCACAAGUGUCUUGUGUUCAUGAUUAAAUAGAUUAUUGAUUUACAACACAAGUACUUUUACUCCAACGUUUUAAGAUCAAUGUUUGUGUGUUUGAUUGAUUAUUAAACUCGUUACUUUUAUUAUGUUCGUUUGGACUUUGUUAUAUUGAACAUAUGUUAAUAUUGACGCUUUAAAAUGUGCAAACAUGUAUUCAGCAUGUUGUGUUUUAUCGUUCUUUUACAUAUCUCUAUACGCCCCGUCUGCUGUGAAAAAUAUGGUGUCAAUAUUCCAUUUUAUAUUUAUGGAGUUUUCUCUCUGUAAGAUCUGUCAUUUCUACUCCAGCAUUGAUGUACACUUCUGUGUUUUUAAUAAAUUUAUGAAUUAUUUGGGUGUUUGAUUGAUUAUAAAACUCGUUACUUUUAUGAUGUUCUUUUGGACUUUGUUAUAUUGUACAGAUGUUAAUGAUGACGCUUUAAAGUGUGCAAACAUGUAUUCAGCAUGUUGUGUUUUAUCGCUCUUUUACAUAUCUCUGUGCAUCCCUUCUGCUGUGAAAAAUAUGGUGUCAAUAUUCCAUUUCUGGGGGUUUUCUCUCUGUAAGAUCUGUCAUUUCUACUCCAGCAUUGAUGUACACUUCUGUGCUUUUAAUGAAUAUAUUAAUUAUUUGUGUGUUUGAUUUAUUAUAAAACUCGUUACUUUUAUUAUGUUCUUUUGGACUUUGUUAUAUUGUACAGAUGUUAAUGUUGACGCUUGAAAGUGUGCAAACAUGUAUUCAGCAUGUUGUGUUUUAUCGAUCUUUUACAUAUCUCUAUACACCCCGUUUGCUGUGAAAAAUAUGGUGUCAAUAUUCCAUUUUAUGGGGGUUUCUCUCUGUAAGAUCUGUCAGCAUUGAUGUUCACUUCUGUGCUUUUAAUAAAUUUAUUAAUUAUAAA